ACGGGAAAAAAAAAAAAAGAAGUGAAAAAGUUUAAGCACAGUCACACCUGACAGCUCGCGCAGGCACGCUAUAAGGACUGGAGGAAGAAGAAGGUUCACGCUUCCGAACAACUGAACAAGACAAAGUGAGAGGAAAAAGACCAAAGGGCAGAAUGAGAGACUCGGCAAAAAGAGGAAGCGGAGAGCAGAGACAGAUGGAUAGCUCUAAUUCAGCCAGUGGAAAACGAUCUGGAGGAUUGGGGAAUGAAGAUGACGGCUCAUAUACGGUGAAGAUCCAAGGGGCAGGAGUGGAUGCUUUUGAGCUAAUGGUUCCCAGGUUCUGUCUGGUCCAGGAUGCAAUAAUGACAAUUCUUAAUAGAGAAGAAGUGGCUCCUCGAACAUCCCUUGCUCUUACCUUGUCUGGUGCAAACCUAGACCCCUUUGCUGAGCUCCAGAGUGUCAAAGGCUUCAAAGCAGGAGUCACACUCAGAUUAAUAGAAGAACCAUACUCUCCCCGGUCAGCUCAAGCUCAUCUGGCUCGUGUUCAGGAGCUGCUGAGUGCUCCUAGUCCCCAGGAUGACUUGAGAGAGGGCAGAUCCCCCAGUGUACUAAAUACACUAACACACACAGCCGAUGUCGCUUCUACUAGUCACUCCUCAAAGGGCAAGAGAGCGAACAAUAAGUCUGAGCAGCUGAGCGAAACUCCUUUACCUCCUGAUUACAUCCUACCUGGGGCUACAGAGCGCCCCCCUCUGGCCACCGUACUGCCCACUAGCACAUACCCUGAGGUUCCCAAUUGCCUGCUGGAUCUGUCACUUAGUUCUUGGAACCCCCCACCUGGCUCCAGGAAGCUGCAGGGUGACUAUCUGUACAUUAGCGUUCAAACACUGGAGGGAGACCACUAUGACAUUACAUCAUCUCCUCGAGGGUUCUACCUGAACAGGUCCACUGUGAAUGUUUUUGACCCUCGUCCUGCCUCGUCCACUCCAGUGUAUCAUUGCCUGACUGACCUGCUGUCUCAACUCAGUCCACAGUUUAAGCAUAACUUCAGUGCACUCCGACACAGGCCUACUCUUUCGACAGAAGAGUCCAUGUCCACCCCUUACCGUACUAUGAGCUGGCUGGGAGGUUCAGCGCUCUAUUCUCACAAAACUAACCAUAGCUGUAGACUGGGUUUGGAGCAGGGCUUUAAUAGUCAGGCUCCAGACUGGAAUGAGGAAAUGCAGACAGCUAGAGAUCUACCACAGACCACCUUAGAAGAGAGACUUCAAAGAGAAAAAGCCUUACUACAGGUCAAUAGUGCCUUUACAUGGGCUGUAGCCCAGGCUGCCGAAAAAGUGAUUGAAGGGUUUGUUGAUCCAAUUAGUGGCUCUAACGAAGCCCCAGCUUUCCUGUGGGGUGGUCUGUUUAUGAACAUUGGUGGACCUGGAGAAGAUUGGUUGGGUGGCGAACGGGGUCGAAGGGCAGCACAGAGACUUGAACUACAAGCCAUACAGGCCUACAGUGAUUUAGAAGGAGACCUACAAGCUCUUCACACUCUCCCUACUGCUCUAACUGACUACCGAGGCCUUCGUCUUUGUGCCCAAGGUCUGGCACCCGGCCUUCAGGCUCAGGAUCAGUCUGGAGUCUCUACUGGCCUCCUUUAUAGCCUCAGUACUGGGCCUCUAGAGAACCCAGCACGGAGGAAGCUCUUGCAGCUGCUAGCUCAGUCAGCCAAGGCCCUUGGCCUGCAGAGGAAUGCAGUAGUGGGCCCCACUGGCUAUCAGGUGGCCCUGUUCACCUCCAUGGAUGCUAAGGGACAGUUGGGAGCAGAUGGACGUUAUUACAUACUUGAUGUAUUCCGUACAGCCCCUGCUGAUGCCAACUUCUGCUUGGCAGAAGGGGAAGAAGAGGCGAAAGAGGGCAGUGUUCCCAGGCGUUUCCCUCAUGGGCUAUGUCGUCUACGGCCAGAGCUAGUCAAGGCUUUCGUGCAGCACAAGCAUACUGAGUUUACAAAGCAUGUGAGAGAAAAGAUGGAGGAGAGCGGAGGCAUGGAGGAUUGUGGAAAAUCAGGUGAUUCUCGAGGCACAGAAGCAGUGAGAGCAGCCUGCAAAGAUGUUGGCUCUAUCAGUGACAUCAUCUUUGAGAUGCGUUUUAACCCUAAUGUCUUCUCUCCAGGUGUGCAAUUUCCCAGUUCAGAGAGUGCUGCUGUGGCCUUACAGGAGAGAUUGUUAAGAGAAGCUGCUGCAUUCAUUGUCAAUGAUCAGAUACCAGCAUUUAUGGAUGACUGUCUGCACUGCAAUGAGAUGCCCAUAGAUGGAGCUACACUACGACAAGCCCUACAUCAGAAAGGCAUAAAUCUCCGUUAUUUGGGUCACUUGAUAUCCUCCAUCAAUCAGUCAGAUCACAAGGAGCAACUGAGGCACAUCACUAGAUUGGCUUAUGGAGAAAUUGUAGUGCGCUGUGCUCGAAGGAUCUUCAAUGGCUACAUACAGGGAGUUGAGCUGUCUAACCUGUCAGCAGCUGCAAGUCACUUCUUCUGCUGCUUAUUGGUGCCUCACUUUAGCCCUGCAUCAAAUAGUGAGGAGUCUAAAAAACGCUCCAGGAGACGUGGUCAUAAAGGUGGAGGAAGUGCUGAUAAUACUACAUGGAGCUUGCUCAGUGGAAACGAACUGUGGACCCACAUAUGCCAGGAUGCUCUAGAGACCUAUGGUCUUAAACAGGGACUUGGGUCAAAUAUUGACCAGUUGGUUGAGCAGUAUGGGCUUCAGAAGCUAUCCUUAUUACGAGAGAUCUGCUUGAAGACUGGCGUACAGCUCCGGCUCAGAGAUUAUAUCCUUGACAACCGUACCAAAGCCCCAAUUACUCCAGAUGACGUGCUCAACCUUCUGCCUGUGGUCAAACACAUCACCAUGCCAACAACUGAUGCUAUGCGGUCAUUCUGUGCAGCCAAAAACAGCCUUCAGAAAGGGUUGCUGGAGCAGGCAUAUGAGCAGCUGAAAGAAGCAGCAUACCUGUUUGGCCGUGUUUGUGACAGUUUACAUCCUGAGGCCUGCCACUGUCUCAGUCUACUGGCUAAAAUGGCUUAUGUUCAGGGCCACCCUGCUGAGGCACGCAGUGUACAAAUGAGGGUGGUAGUCAUCAGUGAGAGGGUGCUGGGCUUUGACCACCCAAAUACCAUUCAACAAUAUGCUUUGUUGGCAGUGUACGUGUUUGCUGGAGGAGAGACUGCUUUGGCCUUGCGGUGUCUGUAUCGAGCUAAAUCGCUAAUGCUAACAGUACAUGGGGAGGAUCAUCCAUAUACAGCAGUACUGGAUAGUUCUUUGGGGUUAAUGCUGCAGGGGGAACAGUCCCUCCAGUAUCUACAGAGUGCACUGAGACUCAAUACUUCUUUCCGAGGUGCCAUGGACCUUACGACUGCCCUAAAUCACCAUCUCUUGGCUCAGAGGAUGUGUGUAGCAGGAGAUUACAGAGGAGCCAUGGCUCAAGAGAAGGAAGCACACAUCAUCUUUGGGAAACAGUGUGGCGACAAUCAUCCGCAGACUAAAUGCAGUUCUGACUUCUUGAAAGCUGUCACCCAGCAAGCAGUGCGUGUGGAACGGUCCAUACGACAGGGCGGGGCAGAGCUCACAGACUUGAGCACACCUGAGAAUCUGGUUCCCUCUCUUGAGACUAUCCUGGAGCAGUUAGCUCUUGUAAAUGGCAUCCUGAAGACUUCAUACAGCAUGAGGAUUAUGGAAUUCAAAGAGAAACUGAAAGAGAGAAGAGCUUGUGAGGACUCAGAGAAAGCUGAAGCAAACUCAUCCAAUGAAGUCAAGGUUGUUGAGGAAGCUGCAUCCAGUGAGAAGCAGAGUGAAGAGGUGAUUGAUGGAAAUGCCAAGAAUCAACCAGAAAAAACAGAUGCUCUGGAAGACAGACCUGACCAUACCCAAAUGAAUGGGGAAUUUGAGUCUCACAUACAAAAUGGAGAUUGUGCAACCAGUGCACCUGAGGAAGAUGGUAAAUCAUCCAUACUAUCAAUCAAGAGUCAGUCAGAGUCAAAAGAGAUCAUUACAGCAACCAACACCGAACCAGCUUUAGUAAAUGGAGAAUGCAAGGUUGUUGAUGAAGUAAUGCUUGUGGAGAAAGAGACCCCAAAGAAUUGAGACAUCUACAGCUUCAGAGAUUGCAGACAGACAGACAAAAAUCGCUAACUUUGGACACACACACACACACACACACACAGAGUAAUGUGUUUAAUCACACUUAUUAUCUUUAUUUUGGUUCUCUGACUCUCUGGAUGAUCUCCAGAUCUUGGCAGUGCUCAUAGCAGGGCUCUGAAGGCUCAUCCCAGAUUGAUUCCGGGAGUUUACGAAGCUUGUGUGGAGGGAACCGGAUCAGGGCGGUAUCAUUAAACACAUCUAGGAAACGCUGUGAGCAGGGCAGGCUUGUCUCCUCACACACAUUGAUUACCUUAUACACAACAGUGUCAAGGGCUGCAACUUACAGUGGCAAGCACAAACAUGUCCCUUCUGUGGGACAUGUUUGUGCACAAUUUCACUCACAGUAUUUUCUUUAUGUUAUGGAUGUUUAUCACAUUCUUGAUGACAUUUGCAAGUAACUACCAUUCUUAAAGUCUGCUUCUUUUAUUAAAUGUGUCAAACUGACCAAUUUUUCAGCUGAAUAUAUAUAUGGUUUCCAAAAUAAACAACAGUUUAAAUCA